UGCAGUUCCGCGAACGGCUGGGGCAGAAGGGCGGGUACGGCGGCCGGCGCGGGCCAGUAGGCAUCGAAGCGCGUUUCCCGUCGCGCUCCGCGGCCGAUUGUACACAAUCAUCAUGGCCGCCGCCGAGGGUGCUGAAGAGCCGGGUAUGGAUACACGGGAGCUGCCGCCAGGCCGUGGCGGGGAGGGCGGCUCACCAGUGGCUGGCGGCUCUCCGGAGGGUGAGGAGCACCUGGAGCCACCACAGGCGGCCGUCAGCAACGGCCGCGACAUGGAGGGCGCGCGGGAACUGGUGGAGCUGAAGGUGAUCUGGAACAAGAACAAGUACGAGGUGACAUGUGGCCUGGACAGCACUGGCGCCGAGCUGAAGCAACGGAUCCACUCGCUGACAGGCCUCCCACCCGCCAUGCAGAAAGUGAUGUUCAAGGGGCUCCUGCCUGAGGAGAAGACACUGCGGGAAAUCAAAGUCACCAACGGAGCAAAAAUCAUGGUGGUCGGCUCUACUAUCAACGAUGUUUUAGCAGUAAAUACACCCAAAGAGGCGGCACAACAGGAGGUCAAAGCUGAAGAAAAUAAAAAGGAACCACUUUGCCGACAAAAGCAACACAGAAAAGUAUUGGAUAAGGGAAAACCGGAUGAUGUGAUGCCUUCUGUUAAAGGCGUUCAGGAGCGCCUGCCAACAGUGCCGUUGUCCGGCAUGUACAACAAGUCAGGGGGGAAAGUCAGAUUGACCUUCAAACUUGAGCAAGACCAGCUAUGGAUUGGGACAAAAGAGAGAACAGAAAAGUUACCCAUGGGGUCCAUUAAAAAUGUGGUGAGUGAACCUAUUGAAGGACAUGAGGAUUAUCACAUGAUGGCAUUUCAGCUGGGCCCAACAGAAGCGUCUUACUACUGGGUCUAUUGGGUACCAACUCAAUACGUUGAUGCAAUCAAAGACACGGUGCUGGGAAAGUGGCAGUAUUUUUGAAAGCACGCUCACCUCUGGCACAGGAAAAUGGCACAAAGCUAAGGACACUGCUGGGAGAGGCCUCCAACAUCCCUGGAUGUGAUAGUCCUGGAACUUAUUAAUAAAAUAUGGUAAACGAGGCACUGAUGGAAGCCAGAGGUGAUGUUCUUUCACCAUUAGUUUACUUUUAACUUAAAAAUUUCACCAUCCCUUUUCUGCAGUCAGCUUCAACCAUAUUUAAAGCAAAUACAAUGGAAAUCAAUAAAUCUGAAUUCACAAAAUAUUGUGUGUAAUACACUUAAAUCUGCUGAGAGCUGAUCUUCCGGUUUAGUUUUAAAAAAGAAAAUAUUACAAUGUACUAUUGAGGAUUUUUUACAUGGUUUGAACAAAACAGAUAUUUUCAUAAUCUUUCAGUUACAAGCGUUAGAGUUAAUUUAGUUCCUUGGUUGUGACGGAAAACUCGGAAAUGUUUUUUUAAAAAUAAACUUUAAACAGUAUGUAAAGUCGAUGUUCAGUAAGCCAUGUUCUGCUGGCCCCUUCGUUUCAGGUUUGACUCUUUUGGUUUUCAUCCAAAGAUGCCCUGCUGUAUUUUUCUUUUCCUAGCCUUUUUUCCCAAUACAGGAAGCUUAGGGUCGGUGGCUCUGUCCCGGGGUCGGUGGCUCUGCCCCAGGGUCGGUGGCUCUGCCCAGGCUGGUGCUGUCUCUGGGUUGGUGCUCUCUCUCUGGGGUGCUCGUGUAGCGUGUUUGGUGCGGGUGAAUACCCGUGUGGCUGUUCUGUGACCACAGUUGACCACUUGCUGCUCUCUCUCCCCUUUCCACAAUGCUGUUCCUCCCUUCUUGUGCUCCUCUCUGCUCCUGUUCUUCCUCCUGCCCUGGGAUGCUGCGUUUUUUGGAGCAUUUUCUUGAUCAGGCGCAUUGCAGUCCUGAAUCACUUUGUGGCUGUUGCAAUGACACCUCUGUCUGGCUGAGAAGGCCCUGUAGUGCUGAAUGAUGCUGCCUCACGUGAACAGUGACACGGAUCUCGUCGAGGGAUCGAACCGCAGAGACCUUCCUGCCUGCUUUGGGCUGAGAAGCAGGGAAGGGAGAAGCUUGGAUGCCACUUUGGAUCGUCAAUAACUGCAGCAGUCUUUCAUGACCUGAAUUUGAGAAUGUAUUGUGAUCUUAUUCAGUGAGUCUUACCAAAUUUAGAAUUAUCUGUCCAGCAACUGAUCUUCUGAAAUUUAGAUCACCUUUCAGCUCUUCUUCUGCUGGAGCUCACAGGCAGCUCACCCUGUCUGCAAUCACGCCCCUUGCCUUUGUUCUGUGACGUUCUGCUGCUCAUCUCUGCAACUCGCAUGCCACUGAUCUCAGGUUUCCUGGAUGGACCUCUCAGUCCUGACAAGGUGUACACCUGAACAGAUUGUACCGUGUGGCUGAAGCAGCGGUGCUGUGUUAAACCUCGAUCUGACAGAUUGCUGGCCUUUUCUAACGUUGUAGGCUCGAUACUGUUCAGUGCAAGCAGCUCAACUGCUUGUGAAACUUGCAGAGAAACAGCCUUGUAGCAACAGCCAAUCUCAAUGCAUCCUGUGUCUGUUUUCCUCUCUGGAACAGCCCCAUUGAAACCCUGCAGGAGCAAGUUUCCAAAUGAGUAUUUUAUUUUAGAGACGGGGGAAAGCGUUCACUUUGU